UGAAAGGAAUAAACUCUUUUUCAUGCAGCCUGAUUCUGGUUAAGUUUUACUUGAAAGUAAGACACACAAAGAUAGGGACACUUUCAUAAAGUGUGUCUAAAACUGCAACCUUAAUAGUUAGGCAGGAAUACUGUCAUUGGUAUUACAAUUUAACUGGCGUGUAUGAGAAUAAGCUGUGCCACCAAAUUGUAGCACCAGUCUCGGGUCAGUCUAGUUCUCUUGGCCAUAAGGGGAUGAGUAAACAUUCAUUCAUUCAACUAACAACUUAUAUGCUGCCCCAUCGCAAAUAAGUUUGGCAAUCUGUCUCUUGAAACUUGCAACCUUUAGAGGCAUGUGCUCCAAAAUAUGUUGUAUCCUCUUAUCUAUCCAAAUUCUUUUAUGCAGAAGACUCCUGUAGUUUCAGUAGAACUUCCCAGUAAGUCUUGAGAAGCAGCUAUAUAAACUUGGACUAUCCCUCAGUUAAAGAAAUCUUAGUGCAUUCAGCUUGAUUAGUCUCAUAAUUUUUCCAAACUUUGGAUGGAAACUAAUAAUGCCCAGAGAGAGCGCACCUGUUUCGGGACAAUGCACAUACAUCUCCUAGCAGGCAUCAUCUUGGGAAAGUCAUUCUCACCUAUGUUGCAGAAAAUGGACAGGGCUGCUUUUAUCCUUGCACCCUGCUGAGGAGAUGUGUGCAUAUUCAUAUUAAAAUAGCUUUAAAGUGUCUCAUUCAUGUUUAGAUAGGAAAAAAUCCUACAACUCUUGACAUUCCUCAGCCAGUAUCAUUCUCUCUAAACAUGCAUAAGAUUGAGCCUAAAAUCUACUGAACAGUAAAUCAGUAAACAUUUUUUUAAUUUUUUUAACAUUUUGACUGAUUACUCAAUUAAAUAUUUUAAUUCUAUUAGUUGCUUAGGACACACAUUGUAAACAUAUUUUAGGUGGUAUUUCCCAGGAAUGUUCAUUCCACAUUCUUCCCCUUGUGGAAAUUCUCAGAGGAAUAUGGUAAAAUACAUUCUCUUCAAUUCAGUAAGAGAGGUCUGUGCAGACAAAUCCUGCACAUGGACAGUUGGCCUUCCAUAUUAGUGGGUAUUCAUGGUGCAGAACCCCCAUGAAAAUGGAAAAACUGUGAAUAUUUCUAGCUCUGCCCCCAAACCUUAUCUCUUUAGACUGUGCACUGGAUUGUAUAUCGUAAUGGAUUGUACCCCCCUCCCCCAUGUGACAAGAAAAUUAUCCCCAAACUAUUACAUUGCAAAAAUUUUGUAAAAAGUUUCAGUGAGCUAAAGAACUGUGCUAUGCACUUCAGUAUGUUUAACAGUGUUAAGAGCUAAGGUUUUGGAGGCAAGACUUGAGAUCUUCCUAGUUUUUUCACUUUCACAAGGGCCCUUUGUCCCUAAUCCCCACAAAUAUUUUCUUUACAUUUUUAGUCUAUGCACAUUGUCUGUGAUUUUCUGCAGUGGGCCACACAAUUUUAAAAAAAUCCCCAUAAUUAUUGAUAACAAAAUUGCAAUUAAUCAAAGCCAUGAAAGUUAAACCCACAAAAGUUGAGGUUUGACGGUACAUUUGGAGGCACAUCUACAACCAUAUUAGAAAUGGUCAUAGCGAGCAGAUUGGAUGUAGAUGCAGAAUGUGCAUCGCCAUUUGGGGUUUCUUCUUGUGCUCGUCCGCACAUGACUUUUGUAACAAGAUAGUAAUUUUGCUUGAUUUCUAACUAUUCUUAACAUAGCCUAUUUAUUUGAUUUAUAUCCCUCUUUUUAAGAACUCAGAGUGGCUUUUCAUCAUUCUCCUCCUGCUCUCAGUCUUAUCCCUACAACAACAACCCUGUGAGGAGAUGUAUCCUUGAAGAAAAUCGUUGACCCUGCAUACCGAGCAGCCUGGAUAAAGGAAAAGUUGGACCUGGCCAAGAAGCAGUAUAUGGAUGGAAUAAAUAUGGAUAUUGAACAAGGGGUUAAAAAGGCUUCCGCCAAAUAUUACGCAUUAACAGCCCUGGUUAAAGAAACAACUGAAAAAUUCCACAAAGAAAUUCCAGGAUCACAGGUAACUUUUGAUGUAGCUUGGUCUCCAAGAUGCAUAAACAACAGAUGUUACAACUAUAGUGGGAUCGCUGAUUCCUGUGAUUUUAUGUUUGUGAUGUCUUAUGAUGAGUGGCCUCAGAUGUGGAAAAAGUGCAUAGUAGGAGCCAAUGCUCCAUAUGACCAGACCUUAUCUGGAUAUGACAAGUACAUUCGCAUGGGCAUUAAUCCAAAGAAGCUUGUGAUGGGUGUACCAUGGUAUGGCUAUGAUUAUACCUGUCUAGACUUGACGGCUCAUGUUUGCUCGUUUGCAAAAUUUCCUUUCCAAAUGCUGCUGUGCAGUUCUGCAGUAAGAUCUCAAGUCCCUUACAAAACCAUAAUGAAUCAAGGAAAUAGUUCCCUUUCUGGAAUCCUGUGGAAUAAAGCACAAAAAGCUCCAUAUCUUGAAUACAAGGAUUCACAUGGCACAUAUCAUCAAGUGUGGUUUGAUAAUCCCAGGAGUAUCUCUCUGAAAGCAGCCUAUGUGAAAAAACACGGCUUAAGGGGUGUGGGUAUGUGGAAUGCAAAUUGCCUUGACUAUUCCGGCAGUGCUGUAGCACAAGAGCAAAGCCAGGCCAUGUGGGAGGCCUUGAAACCAAAGUAGGCUGUAGUGUGGAUUUAGGAAUAGGACAGCUACAUUUAUUGUUUCUCUGUAUGCUGUGCCCAUAAAGUAAAGAAGUAACUUAAUUUCUUUCUUAUCAUAAAGUCCAAAAAAACAAACCAAAAUGUAGCAGAAAUUUAUCUCACACUUCUGUCAUUACUGUGUUUUCCUGCAAGAGAAGAUAAAUACUAUUGUCCAAAUGAAUUCUGUUUGUUAUUUACUUAUUUGAAAAGAGUGAAAAUAAACCUGUACAAAUCAUCUUGAUUUCCAUUGAAGAAAUAUAGUAUGUAAAUGUAAUUUACACAGGUGUAAAUACAUAUUUUAUCAUUGCAGUUGAAGCUGAUGACUUGACUUAAAAGUAUGAAGAUUAUGAAAGCAGUAUUUGGGGGUGUUCUGCUUGGUGUAAAUACAAAAUACCAAGAUGCAGAUAAGAAAAUAACUGCCUGCACACAGUCCGAAGAACUGAAACUGUAUUACUUGCAUGGGGAUUGAAGAAAAACUGUAUAAGUGAACCAACUGUGGUUUCUAUAGAUUGGUUUGGUAUGCCCAAUUCAGUACAUUAGGUAUGCCGAACUGUGGCCAUCAUUUCUAAGGCCUUAACCACUAGAAAUUGUAGAAUGGAAAGUUCUGUUGCAUUUCUGCCUUUUGAAAAUCAAAUCAUUUGAAAGCUUUUGAGAAAAGUUCUCUGUAUCCGUUUCUCACACUUUCUAAAACCGAUGUCAUAUGUUCUUUUCCAAGUAGCAUUUGAGCCAUUAAAGUAGCAGAACAGGCUUCUCAGUGAGUUGAGUAAGGGUGCAGUCCUAUGUUUCAUGCACUCAGUGCAUAGAAACCCAUAAAUCUGGAGGCUUCUAUGCAUUCUGUGCCCAAACAAGGAACCAUGGGGGUAAUUGUCACUGCUACUGUCCCUUACAUUGGGUGUUUUCUCUAGACAGCCAUUUUCAGUCUUUAGAUUUAGUUCCCGGGACAGGAAGAGGCUGGGACACCAAUUGAAAAUGACCUGAGUCCAUGCCCCAAGCCUCCUUCCUCUGUGUGUGAGUGUGUGUGUGUGUGUGGAGGGGAGGCGGGAUCUGAAUAUCAUGUGGCCUCCAAGAUGAUGUUGGGAGGCCACAGGAUCAUUCCUUAAAAGAUUUUCAUUACUAUUAUUUCAACUAAAAUGAAAUAUCUGAACAUCUGUUUUAUAGUUUUAUGCUAUUAAAAUAAUUUUUGUAUAAAAUA